AUGCUUUUAACACGCACUGGUACCUUCUGUCCUAGAGAGCCUUAUUCUCAUCAUUGUCGGAAAGCAACGAAAUCGCGAGAGAUGAAUACCACCGUCAACCACAUUUACGCUAUUGCGUUGUCGAACCCUGCUUCGGCAGGCUCGCCUACCUGGGCCAUUUCUGUUCAACCCAUGAAGCAAAAACGACUGUUCUUCCAUGAACACCCUCAUACUUCUGUCUUCCUGUCCAACGAUGCAGACAACAGCCAACGACGAAACAGCGACGGUUUCAAAGGCGAGGAACUGCUAGUCAAACUCCUUAUCGGUGAAAACAACGUCAAGAACAUUGGCGAACGUGUUCAACAGGUUCUGUCAAAAACCGACAAGACACAACCCUCAGAAUCAUGGCUUCGUUCUGCUAUCAUCGCACUACAGUCCGAAUACCUCUGCAACAGAUUCAACAUCGAUGACUUCCAGCAAAUGGCAACUCAGACUCUGCAAUCACAACAGCAACACCACGAAACCGUCGCCAUCGAAGUAGACUUUUUGUCCGAACUAGGACGCACCAAGUCAGUUGAAGAGAUGCAUGAGACGAGAGAAAAGGCAAUGAAGCAGAAGAAAGAGUCAGGUUUCUUCGGCUUCAGAAUUUCGAGACCGCAGAAUAUGCCGAACAGGGUCAGGAGGGUCAAUUCUUGGGAACGACAGGAUGAUGCGUAUGGAGGCUUGAUGUGA